UGAGAAGACGCUGAAAGGCUACGCCAGUCUCAAGGAAACCUCCGUUAGUGAAACAACCGCUUGUGUUAUCUGUGAGAAGGCCCGCCGACAGCCCCCAACAUGCCCGAAUACAAACUCAUUUAUUUCAACCUGAUGGGCAGGGCCGAGCUAACCCGCUGGCUCUUCGCCUACGGGGGCAUUCCCUACACCGACGAGAGGAUCGAGAGGGAGGAAUGGCCCGAGAAGAAGAAGAGCCUCCCCUUCUCCAAGCUGCCUAUCCUGAUGGUGGACGACAAGCCUCUGCCUCAGUCCCUGGCCAUCGCUCGCUUUGUGGCCAAGCAAGUGGGCCUCGUGGCUGAUGACAACCUGCAAGCGGCCUACUGCGACGCCCUGGCCGAUACCAUUAACGAAACGAUGGGGGCCAUGCGCCAGAUUAUGAUGUCAGACAAGGACGAGGAAGAGAAGCGCAGGCAGUUCAAGGAGGAAUUCUACCCCAAUGUGCUGGAGCCUGUCAUGACGCGGCUGGAGAAGAGGCUGUCGGAGAGGCAGUGGUUCCUCGGAGACAAGCUGACUUGGGCCGACUUCAUUAUCAGCCUCGGCUUCGGACACGUUAAGGAGAGAAAGCCUGAAAUCUUUGAGAAGUUCCCCUCGCUGGCCGCCCACGUCGAGAAGGUCCGCGAACUUCCCAAGAUCAAGGAAUGGAUUAAAAAGCGACCCGUAAACCCAUACUAAGCGAUGUAGAUAGAUAGGAAUUAGAAAUAAGAUAUAUAAUUUAACGAAAAAUGUGUAUACGAGAGACGAGAGAAAAUAAGGAAUUAGGAUAGAUAACAAGAGAGGUUAAUUGUAGAUUAUUUGGUUACUCUAUUGACGAAAAAGAUCGAAAAUAGGAAAGAGAGAGAACAUUUAAAUUAGAGAAAAAUAAGAAAUUAAAAUUGUUAAAUACUAAAGAAAUUGAAUAGAUAUUAUUUGAUUGUGAAAAUAAGCAUUAAAAUCUCUGCUCAUGGUACAAUUUUUUUUUCGUGACUGACGCUCUAUGUACGAUCUGAAUAAAAUGUUUUACCCGUUUAAUUUUUUUGUGAUAGAUCGUUUUUUUUCCGGUUGUAUUUUUUCCCUCUUACUUUGUUUUAUUUAGAAGUAUUUAAUCUAUUCUGCUCCUCAUUCCGAAUGGUUGUGUCAGUGUAGCACAUUCAAGUAUGCUCUCGUCUUUUAUUUGCACUAUCAUGUAAGCUGACACUGGAAUAUUAAAACAAAAUCUCUAUGA